GUAUAGCAAUUUUUCGUCAAUCACCGUGAUUGCUUGACCUUCUCUCUUCAUAAUCCAGCAGCCUGCUUAGAACAUAAAACAUUUUCAAAAUUUUGUGUGAUAAAACUCCAAAGAUCACAAAAUUCUUACAUCACUUUAAUUUCCAACUCAGAAAUGGCGGAUUCGUCCGGCAUGACGUUGAUGGAUCUGAUGACGUCGGACCCGAAGGCGGCGCCGCCACAAUCGUCGUCGUCUUCGUCGUCGGCACCUGCGCCAAUGCAAAUGGCGGCGUCUACGACGAUGCCACCGCCCUCAUCGUUAGGGAAACCAGUUACUGACCGGAAAUCGAAGAGGACUACGCUUAUGCAGAUUCAAAAUGAGACCAUUUCUGCUGCUAAGGCUGUUCGUGCUAAUAUUUUGCCUCAAAAGCAGAAGAAAAGGCCGGUUUCAUAUGCGCAACUUGCAAGGAGUAUACACGAACUUGCAGCUACCUCUGAUCAAAAAAAUUCGCAGAGGCAGUUGGUGAAUCAUGUAUUUCCGAAACUUGCUGUAUAUAACUCCGUUGAUCCUUCAUUGGCUCCAUCUCUUCUUAUGCUUCUUCAGCAGUGUGAAGAUAGAAGUGUUCUGCGAUAUGUCUAUUAUUACUUGGCGAGAAUUUUAUCAGAUACUGGUUCACAAGGUCUAGGUACUGGUGGUGGUAUUCCUACUCCUAAUUGGGAUGCUUUAGCCGACAUUGAUGCUGUUGGUGGGGUUACUAGAGCAGAUGUUGUUCCUAGAAUAUCCCAGCAACUUACUAGCGAGUCAUUAAAUGAAGAUGUUGAUUUUCAUGCACGAAGACUACAGGCAUUGAAGGCUCUUACAUAUGCUCCAUCAAGCAACUCUGAAAUUCUUAUGAAAGUUUAUGAAAUCGUCUUUGGAAUUCUUGAUAAGGUUGCAGAUGGACCCAACAAACCAAAGAAAGGGAUUUUUGGGACAAAAGGUGGUGACAAGGAGUUCAUUAUCCGGAGUAAUUUGCAAUAUGCUGCCCUGAGCGCUUUGAGAAGACUUCCUCUAGACCCGGGAAAUCCUGUGUUCCUUGGUCGUGCUGCACAGGGGAUUUCAUUUGCUGAUCCUGUUGCCGUGAGACACUCUUUGGAGAUACUCUCUGAGCUAGCAGCUAAAGACCCUUAUGCUGUUGCAAUGACAUUGGGAAAGCAAAUUACCCCUGGAGGUGCACUGCAUGAUGUUCUUCAUUUGCAUGAUGUUCUUGCUAGAGUUGCUCUCGCAAAAUUGUGCCAUACAAUAUCAAGAGCACGAGCUCUAGAUGAAAGGCCUGAUAUUAAAACUCAGUUUAAUUCACUGCUCUACCAACUACUCCUUGAUCCUAGCGAAAGAGUUUGCUUUGAGGCUAUCCUGUGUGUAUUGGGAAAAUAUGACAACUCCGAAAGGACUGAAGAACGAGCUGCUGGAUGGUAUCGUUUAACUCGGGAGAUCUUGAAGCUGCCUGAUGCACCAUCCGUUUUAUCAAAAGAUGCGAAGAAAGACGCAAAAGAUGAAGCUAAGAAAGAUGCCAAAGAUGUGCUCCCUCCAAAGUCUGUAAAGGACAAAUCAAAGAAAACAAGGCGGCCUCAGCCCCUUAUUAAACUUGUCAUGAGAAGACUGGAGAGUGCUUUCCGUAGUUUCUCGAGGCCUGUACUGCAUGCAGCUGCAAGGGUUGUACAGGAAAUGGGGAAAAGUCGAGCUGCAGCUAUUUCAGUUGGGUUACAGGAUAUUGAUGAACGAGACUAUGUUAAUACAUAUUCUGAUACAACAGAUGAUCCUGAUAUUAAUGAAAGCUCACAUCCUGAAGGUAUUAGAAGAACGACUUCUGCAUCAAUCGAAAAUGGUGCAAGGGAUACGAUAGCAAGCUUAUUAGCUUCAUUGAUGGAAAUAGUGCGUACAACUGUAGCUUGUGAGUGUGUUUAUGUCCGCGCUAUGGUAAUCAAAGCAUUGAUCUGGAUGCAAAGUCCUCACGAAUCAUUUGAUGAACUUAAAUCCAUCAUUGCAUCAGAGUUGUCGGAUCCUGCAUGGCCAGCAGCACUCUUGAAUGAUGUUUUGCUCACUCUCCAUGCUCGGUUCAAGGCAACUCCAGAUAUGGCUGUUACUCUACUAGAAAUUGCUCGGAUUUUUGCUACUAAGGUUCCUGGAAAGAUUGACGCAGACGUCCUACAACUUUUAUGGAAAACUUGCCUUGUGGGGGCUGGUCCAGACGGAAAACACACUGCUUUGGAAGCUGUGACCAUAGUUCUUGAUUUACCACCUCCACAGCCAGGUUCAAUGGCUGGCAUCACUUCUGUUGACAGAGUAUCAGCUUCUGAUCCAAAGUCAGCUUUGGCUUUACAAAGAUUAGUCCAAGCAGCGGUGUGGUUUCUUGGCGAAAAUGCGAAUUAUGCCGCAUCUGAAUAUGCUUGGGAAUCAGCAACGCCUCCAGGCACUGCAUUAAUGAUGUUGGAUGCUGAUAAAAUGGUCGCAGCUGCAAGUUCUCGUAACCCCACUCUAGCUACUGCUUUGACUCGACUUCAAAGGUGUGCCUUUAAUGGCAGUUGGGAGAUCCGCAUAGUUGCUGUGCAAGCUUUGACAACAAUGGCUAUCAGAUCCGGAGAGCCCUACAGGAUACAGAUCUAUGAGUUCUUAAAUGCUUUAGCUCAGGGUGGAGUGCAGGCUAAGUUAUCUGAUCUGCAUGUAAGUAAUGGUGAAGAUCAAGGGGCAAGUGGUACAGGACUCGGAUCUCUCCUGAGUCCGAUGAUACAAGUUCUUGAUGAAAUGUAUAAAGCACAAGAUGAUCUAAUCAGGGACAUAAGGACCCAUGACAAUGCAAGUAAGGAAUGGACAGAUGAAGAGCUUAAGAAACUGUAUGAGACCCAUGAGAGACUGCUAGAUCUUGUUUCACUAUUUUGUUAUGUUCCUAGAGCGAAGUAUCUUCCACUGGGACCAACAAGUGCAAAGCUUAUUGAGAUCUACCGCAACAAGCAUAAUAUAAGUGCAUCAACUGGUAUAAGUGGUUUCAGCAGUUUAAGUGAUCCUGCUGUGGCUACUGGGAUUUCUGACCUUAUGUAUGAAACAAACGUUGCGCCUACUGAAUCCGAUGGGCUUGAUGAUGAUCUUGUCAACGCGUGGGCCGUGAACCUUGGUGAUGAUGGCUUGCUGGGAAAGAAUGCACCUGCAAUGAAUAGAGUUAAUGAAUUUCUUGCUGGCAUGGGAACCGAUGCUCCAGAUGUCGAGGAUGAGAAUAUCAUUGCUAGACCUUCAGUUGGUUAUGAUGAUUUGUGGGCGAAGACACUUCUGGAGACCACAGAACUUGAGGAGGAUGAUGGGAGGUCAUCUGGAUCGUCUUCUCCAGAUUCAGCAGGAUCAGUUGGGACUUCCAUAUCAUCACAUUUUGGUGGAAUGAAUUAUCCCUCACUUUUUAGUUCAAAGCCUGCCUAUGGGGGGUCACAAUCAUCGGAGAAAGCGUCUAACAAGUAUUCCAUGGGGGGUAGCUCAUCCCUCUAUGAGGGCUAUAGUUCUCCGAUUAGAGAAGAACCUCCAUCAUAUGAAUCACACGCCUUUGAAAAAGAUGAUUCAUUUAUGAAUCCCUUAGCUGGCUCUGCAUCUCGUAGUUUUGGAUCCCAGGAUGAGGAACGGGUUUCUUCUGGAACUCCUCGACCUGGAACAGCUUUAUAUGACUUUACUGCCGGUGGAGAUGACGAGUUAAAUCUAACAGCAGGUGAAGAUGUUGAAAUCGAGGAUGAAGUGGAUGGCUGGUUUUUUGUAAGGAAGAAACGCGCUGGCAGGGAUGGGAAGGUGGCUGGACUAGUACCAGUACUUUAUGUCAAUCAAUCUUGAUCUUGCCUGUACUUGUGCAUCUAUCAUUUGCAUCUUAUGCUGUUUGUGAUUUAUUAAACUAGUAACUGAAUCUGCGGCUCAUAGUUCACUGGAGAUAGGUUAUUUCUCAUAUAUGGUUAAUGCAGAUCAUAGUCGCUGACUGAUGAAUCUCGUAAAAUCUGUUCUUGAUUUGUAUCCACUGAUCUGUACUGCACUACCUUGAAGCUUAGUGUGUUAUCUGUAUAGGUUCUGUUCUGGUGUACAAGCUUAGUGUUUUUUGGAAACUGAUGUUGUGAUUUAGAGUUCCAAAUCACGUAUAGAAAGAUAUUGUAGGUAGAGAACAACUAGAGUGACAAUUUUGGUUGUCCGUAGACUACAGUUCAAUUACGGUGUGAUGUAGCGUGUACAUUUCUAUUCUUUUAUGUGUUGUAAUACCUAUUCUUUUAUGCAACAACUGACAUUACAAGUCAGUAUGUAAUACCUGUUUAUGUAGCAACUUUUAGUUUGUGCUGAUUACCAAAAUUAUACUUCGUACU